UCAAGUCGGUUUCAAUUCAAGUGGAUUUUCGGUUUAAUCCAAACCGAAACCAAAGUCUAAAAGCAUGAUCGAACCCAACCAACCUUUGAAAGACAAAUGCGGUUAAGCCAAACAAGGAGAUUAAACAAACAAGAUGGCUUGAAGUCUCGUUUGUCACGUCCCACUAACAAAAAAAACUAAAAAUAAAUAAAACGAGAAAUGAAACAGAUAGAUGGAGAGCUGUUGGAAUGAAGGGGGAGGAGGAGGGAGGAGAGGUGCGUGCGCUCCACGCUUUGCUUCUCUUCCGUUAUUCUCUCUCCCUCUGUUUUAUCUUUCUCCUGACUUUCGUUAUCACCAAAAAAAAAAAAAAAUCUUCAUCUUCUUCUUCCUCUCGAGAGUUCAUGUCUUGUCUGUCUCUUCUGGUUUUGUUCUGAAUCUUUCUUUCUCAUCUGGUGGUCUUGUUCGAAUUCGUUGUCGAGCUCUAAUGCAUUGUGAUCAAUACGCUAUUCUCUCCCAGAAAAAAUAAUCUGAAACAAAAACCCUAAUUUAUCUCUCUUCAAGUUUCUUUUUCUUCGACCUCCAUUGAAACGGAGCUUGUUUAGCUUCGUGUCGUGUCGUGUCGCAUUGUCGGAGUUUGAUGAAGAGUUUCUGUGAUGGGUGAUGAUAAAGUUUCCGACGACAUAUUCACAUUUCUCCAUGGCAAUGGUGAAGAAGAUGAACAAGAUAAAGCUCCGAUGAAAUCUUCUACGUCCUCGAUGAACCCUACAGACUUCGACUCAUCCGUCUCCGAUCUUUUGAACUUGGAAGGCAUCGAUUCCUCUAAUCCUUUUCUUGCCGAUAUCCCUGUUCCAAACGCACCUAGAGAUGGCAGUUCCGACCAACCUGAUACCCCGAAGGUUUACGUUGCCCCACGAGCGGCGAUAAGCCAUCAGGACUCGUUUCCAACCGAUUCUCGAGUCGAUCAAAUCGAGGACGCGAGGAUCUCCAUCGAAUCCCCGAGGCAAGGACGCUCUCCUCUUCCACGUCUUAGAGUUCUUGGCUCGGCCCGAGCUCUCGUCUACCCGAGAGCACCGGUGUCUCCACGUUUUGGGUCCCCGACGAGCUCGGAAACACCGAAAAUUAUCGGUGUGAUCGAUACAACUGCACCUUUUGAAUCCGUUAAACAAGAGGUUUCGAAGUUCGGAGGGAUCACAGAUUGGAAAGCUCAUAAGAUCCAGACAAUAGAGAGACGAAAGCUGGUGGAUCAAGAACUGGAGAAGACGCAAGAAGACAUACCCGAGUACAAGAAACAGGCGGAGUUGGCAGAAGAGGCAAAGCAGAAAGUGCAGAAGGAACUUGAGGACACGAAGAAGCUCAUCGAGGAACUGAAGCUCGAGCUCGAGAAGGCGCAGAAGGAGGAGCAACAAGCGAAGCAAGACACCGAGCUCGCGAAGCUCCGCGUGGAAGAGAUGGAACAAGGGAUUGCAGAGGAGGCAAGCGUCGCUGCCAAGGCUCAGCUCGAGGUGGCGAAAGCGAGGCUUUCUUCCGCAAUUUCUGAGCUGAAAUCCGUCAGAGAAGAGAUCAGAUUGGUAUCAAAGGAAUACGAAGAUUUGUUGAAGGAGAAAGAUUUGGCCGCGAAGAAAGCUGAAGAUGCCAGGUUGGAGGCGAAGGAGAUAGAGAGGAAGAUGGAGGGACUGACAAUAGAGCUAAUGGCCACGAAAGAGCUGCUGGAGUCGGCACAUACGGCCCAUCUCGAAGCGGAGGAAAAGAGAUUCGGGGCGGCCAUGGCUCGGGACCGUGACAUAUACAAUUGGGAGAAGGAACUGAAGAUGGUAGAAGACGAUAUCGAGAGGCUUAACCAAGAGAUUCAUGCAACGGAAGAUGAGAAAGCUAAACUCGAGACCGCUUCCUCUCUUCUUCGAGAUCUGAGGGGCGAACUGGUGGCUGCUUCCAUGGAGAAUCCUGAUCUCUGUGGUGAAGAAGUCUCGAAUGGUGAUCCUCUGAUGCGAAAGAGCGGCCAAAGCUACAUACAAACAGCAGUUCUUUCGGCGAAGAAAGAGCUCGAAGAAGUGAAAUCCAACAUCGAGAAUGCAACUUCCGAGGUGAAAACCUUGAAGAUAAUCGUCGCAUCCUUACAAUCGGAACUCGAGAGAGAGAAAAAGACCCUCGAGGAGAUGAAACAGGGAGACAACAAGCUGGAACAGAUAAGUUCAGAUGUGAGUUCGAUUCAGACAAAGGAUAAAGAAGCAAGAGAAGAACUAGCAGAGAUAGCCAAGAAGCUACAACAAGCGGCCGGAGAGGCGGAAGAGGCGAAGUCUCUUGCCGAAGCUGCCCGAGAUGAGCUGAGAAAGGCGAAGGAAGAGUCUAUUCAAGCAAAAGGAGGAGUUCGUACCAUAGAGAACAGAUUAAUGGAGGCUAAAAAGGAAAUGGAAGCCGCUCGUGCUUCCGAGAAGUUAGCCUUAGCGGCUAUCAAAGCCUUGCAAGAGAGCGAAUGCGCUCAAAGGUUCGAGGGUAUUAACUCGCCUCGAAGCAUAAUAAUCUCGGUGGAAGAAUAUUACGAGCUAAGCAAGCGGGCACACGAGGCAGAAGAGGCGGCCAACAUAAGGCUUGCAGAGAUUGUCGCCCAGAUCAAGGUGGCUAAAGAGGAAGAGUCAAGAAUCCUGGAGAAACUAGAGGAGGUGAACAGAGAGAUGGCUCUAAGGAAGGAAGAGCUAAAAGUUGCUAUGGAAAAAGCCGAGAAAGCUCGAGAAGGGAAGUUGGGAGUGGAGCAACAGUUGCGGAAAUGGUGGUCGGAAAACGGGAAGAAGAGAAAAGAAGAAGUCAAGGUGGAGCUCGAGAGAAGUCCGAGAUCGAGCACCGAAUGGAGACAUAAGGAUUACGGGUUCAACCAGUUGACCGAAGCUCCUCGCUCUCCCCAUAAACCAGGACCUGAGGCCCCAAGUGAACAGGAAACCGCCGAAACUGAAGAUAAUAACAGUAUGGUUCCUGAAACAAAGAAGAAAAAGAAGAAGUUUUCUUUGCUACCAAAGGUUUUCAUGUUCUUGUCGAGAAAGAAAUCGGACAAAUGAGAUGUUCGUCAAGACCUGUCUCAAAGGUAGGUUUCGCCAACCGCCCUUUUCUUCACAUCUGAUUCAUUUUGUCUUACAGCCACUGGGAAAGGGC